GACGAGGAAGUGUACCAAUACCAAAACAGCUCUACACACGUUUCGUAAACUGUGAAAUGUCAAGCUUAUAACCACAGAUAUCUCAAUUGUUCAGCAACCUGUGUAUUGUUAUGUUGUAGCUCAACGCAGAACGUUGUUUCAAAGGGACUGCAAUUUCUGGGUUGGACAUUUCUGUACAACAUGGAAGAAGAUGAUGGACUAAAGGAUAACCUUCGUCUACAGUUCCAGGCUCUGCAGGAGCAGCAAGAGAAGCGUCUCCAGAGAAGACUAGAGAAACAGAAGAAGGAGCAGAAGGUCACUGAGAUCCAGGACAAUCUGAACCUGUCCCAGCUAGACAUUCAUCACGCGGAUGAUUGUAGUAAAAAGCUGUUACAGAAUGAAAAUGAACAGUUACAGGACCAGGUGAGGGAGCUGAGGGAUGAAAAUGGCCGACUAUUCAAACUAGUAAGCGAGAAAGACUUUGAGAUUAAACAUCUGAAGAAGAAGAGGGAGGAAGACAGGCUGGCUUUAGCAGGCACAUCUGGCUUGGCGGGUGAUGCGGCAGCUACCAAGAUUGUUGAGCUUUCUAAGAGGAAUCGAGAGUUUGCUUCUGAAAUGGAACGAGAAAAAGUUAAAGCAAAACAAACUAGCAACAGAGUGAAAGAGCUUGAGAAAGAGCUCCAGGCUGCUUUGUUGCUUAGACCUCCUGGGAAGAAGAUGGAUGUAAAGCCACAAGACAUGAGGUCAUCCCAGGACUUCCAGGAGAACAGUCCAGUGGUAAAAUCUCUACAGGAAAAACUAUCUGCUGCCCAAUUCAAGAUGACAGAAUAUCGAAACCAGAUUCAAGCUGUCAAGCAGGAAUUGAAAAUAGCUCAGAAGGUGUUAUCCAGUGAGGUAGGAGAGGAAGUCAGCAUCCAGCAGCUACUGACCAGCCCAGGGAACUGGAGAGGUCGCUCCCAGCAGAUACUGGCUCUCCAGAUUAGGGUUCGGGACCUGGAGCAGCAGCUGAGCCAAUCAGCUCAGAGGAAGCAGCCGUCAUUCGUCAGCGUGGAAGAGGAGCUACUGUGGGGCGGGGCCCUGCAGAAGACACCCCCCCAGGACAGGAACCUCAGCUACAUCCGCAAUAUGGAGAGGGAGAAGAGAGAAACUCUGGAGAGGAUGACGGGGGACUAUGAUUCCCUCAUGAAGGACCACAAGGAUGUGAAGAAGAAGCUGGAGGGCUCCAAGGCCAGAAACAAAAACCUGAGCACUGAGGUGAAAUCACUGAAGGCCCAGAUCUCCACCCUGCUGGACAAAGGAAAGCAUGAUGAUGAGCUGGUGGAUGCCUUACUGAAGCAGCAGAGCCAGCUGCAGGAGGUGCUGGGCAGGCUGAGCCAGCAGGACGUGCAGACCAAGGAAAGCCAGCAGAACCUGGGGCAGCAGCUGAGCAGCGAGGCCCAGAGACACACAUCCCUCAUUCAGCAGCUCAAACACAUGGUCUCCGAGAGGGAGGCCAAAGUGAAAGAGCUGGAGGACGAGAUACAGCAACUGUCCUUAAAGAGAGAGGAAGGCGGUCAAUCAGGCCCCAAGACUACCACUGGCAGUUUCUGGCCUUUGACAGCAGGGGGAGACAGCAGUAAGAGGAUUAGCUCAGCCCGUUCAGUAUCUAAACUUGGACAUAAACUAGUGGAGUCAGCAGCUGGGGUCAGUUUAGAGGUCAAAGAUGCAGGAGCUCCUUCGGGUUGUCAGAACUGUUCAGAGGAGGUGAGGUACCUGAAGGCAGAGUGUACAGAGUUUCGGACCCUUUGUGAGGCUGCCUGUGUGGAGAGAGAUAGGCUCCUAGAGCUAGUCAAGCUCCAGCAAUCCAGGGAGGAGGAAGGGAAGCAGAGGUGCCUAGGGGCAGAGCAAAAAUUCCAUGGAGAACGCAGAAGGGCCGUAGCCCUAGAGCAGCAGCUUGAAAAAGCAAAGCUGGAUCUGGGCAAAGGAUUGACUCCCAGACAAACUAGCAACAAGGGCACUGGAGGAGCCUCGUCUAGUGGGAGACAGAGGGAAUCAUCAUCCCCUCGAAGCCCUCCUGACCUUUCCAGGGAGGCCCAAGUCAUUGAACUAAGUACCCAGCUGMCGGUGCUGCAGGGGGAGAACGAGGCUCUGAGGGCUGAGCUGAGGAGCACUCUCCAGGCCAAGGCUGAGGACCUGCAGCUCUGCAGUGACAUGAUGAACCAAGUCAAGCACGUCUUUCUGCAGGCGCUGCGACAACACAAGCAGGACAGAGACACAAACCAGGAGAAUUAGUUAGCUAGCUGUAUUAAAGGCCCUGGCUGCUGAACCUGCUGGACUUUAACCACGUCCCCAAAAAACCUUAAGUUCCUCUUGUCCAGUCAUAUCAACUCUGAGGAAGGACAGGAAUGGAGCAGGCCUGUCUGCUUCAGCAAUACAAUGUAAUUACUGGUUCCUGGUUUCCUGACUGCUUCCUGCUAACUCUGUUGACCACGAAAAGACAAAAACCUGCUUUGAUUGCCCCCAUGUAGUGAAUAUGAGCAAGCCAAUCAAAGCCAACUUGGCACCUGCCGACCAAAAGGUUUAUCAACUUUGACAUGAAGAUGUCACACAGUGGUUCCUACUGUUGAUUGCAUGACUGGUCAGUGCAUAUAGAAUGUGUCUGCAUUAUUUGAUGUGUAUGCAU